AUGCGGUACGCGGAGGCUGCCCAGGAGCCAUGCCCUACCACGGACCAGGCCCCCAUCCACAGCGGCGAGACGGUGAACGAGAAGAAGAAAGAGGGGGAGAGUGUUGUGUGUAAGAGCCAGCAGCAGGCCUCCCUAUCCUGCCUGGUGGAAGAGUUCUUCUGUAUUGGCAGCAGAAUUGUGUCCUUCUCCAUGUGGAGGCUGGGAGACAUGGUGGAGAAAUGCAUGAGCUCCAUGCAGACAGGGACCCAGAUGGUGAAGCUCCGCGGCGGCUCCAAGGGACUGGUGCGCUACUUCUACCUGGACCAACACAAGUCCUGCAUCCGCUGGCGGCCUUCUCGCAAGAACGAGAAGGCCAAGAUCUCCAUCGACUCCAUCCGAGAGGUGUGCGAGGGCAAGCAAUCUGAGAUCUUCCAGCGCUACUCUGAGGGCAGCUUCGACCCCAACCGCUGUUUCAGCCUGUAUUAUGGCGAGCGCUUGGAGUCCCUGGAUCUAGUGUCCAGUACGGGCGAGGAAGCGCGCACCUGGAUCACUGGCCUCAAGUACCUGGUGGCGGGCAUCAGCGACGAGGACAGCCUGGCCAAGAGGCAGCGCACCCGUGAUCAGUGGCUGAAGCAGACAUUUGCGGAGGCGGAUAAGAACGGCGAUGGCAGCCUGAGCAUCAGCGAGGUCCUGCAGCUCCUCCAUAAACUCAACGUCAACCUACCCCGCCAGAAAGUCAAGCAGAUGUUCAAGGAGGCAGACACAGAUGACAACCAGGGCACCCUGGACUUCGAGGAGUUCUGCUCCUUCUACAAGAUGAUGUCGACACGCCGCGAUCUCUACUUGCUCAUGCUCACCUACAGCAACCACAAGGACCACCUGGACAGCAUCGACCUGACCCGCUUCCUGGAGGUGGAGCAGAAGAUGACCAAGGUGACCAAAGACCAUUGCCUUGAGAUUGUGAACAAAUUUGAGCCCUGCUCCGAGAACCAGAAGCAGGGAGUUCUGGGUAUUGAUGGUUUCACCAGCUACAUGCGCAGCCCGGCGGGGGACAUCUUCAACCCGGAGCACUACGAGGUGACCCAGGACAUGUCGCAGCCGCUCUGCAACUACUUCGUCGCCUCGUCCCACAACACCUACCUGAUGGGCGACCAGCUCAUGUCCCAGUCCCGCGUCGACAUGUACGCCUGGGUGCUGCAGGCCGGCUGCCGCUGCGUGGAAGUGGAUUGCUGGGACGGGCAGGACGGAGAGCCCAUCGUGCACCACGGUUACACGCUCACCUCCAAGAUCCUCUUCAGAGACGUCAUCGAGACCAUCAACAAGUACGCCUUUUUGAAAAACGACUACCCAGUGAUCCUGUCCAUAGAGAACCACUGCAGCGUCCCCCAGCAGAAGAAGAUGGCCCAGUACCUGGUGGAGGUGAUGGGAGAAAAGCUGGACCUCUCAGCCGUCAAGGCAGAUGAACAGGGCCACCUGCCCUCCCCAGACACCCUCAAAGGGAAGAUCCUCGUCAAGGGCAAGAAGCUCCCGCCGAACAUCGACGAAGACAACGAGGAGGGCGACGUGACGGAUGAAGACAGCGCAGACGAGAUGGAGGACGACUGCAAAUUGAUGAACGGAGAUACAUCCAUGACCAGGAAGCAGGUAGAGAACGUGGCUAAGAAGAAGCUGGACAACCUGCUGAAGGAGUCUAAGAUCCGCGACCGCGAGGACCCAGACAGCUUCACCAUCGCCACCCUGUCCCCCACCAAGCCCACCGAUCAGUCAGCCUCCAAGGGCAAAGGUGAUGAUGAUGCAGACACAGGGGACGAAGCCAACCCCAGCACCAACAAGCGUCUAGGCAGGAGCUUCAUGGGAAGUUUCUCCAAACGCAAGAAAAAGGCGGCCAAGCUGAAGAAGACCAACAGCCUUGAGGACACUGACACGGACCAGGAGAGCACCAGCAUGGCCUCCCGCGCUCCCUUACACCACAGCAGGAAGAAGAAAACCAUGAAGCUGUCCAGGGCUCUGUCAGACCUGGUCAAAUACACCAAGUCAGUGGGCGUCUCCGACAUAGAGACACAAGGUGACUCCAGUUGGCAGGUGUCGUCUCUAAGCGAGACCAAGGCCCACCAGAUCAUGCAACAGAAAGCCGCCACCUUCAUCCACUUCAACCAGCGGCAGCUCUCACGCAUUUACCCCUCCUCCUACCGUGUGGACUCUUCCAACUUCAACCCACAGCCCUUUUGGAAUGCUGGAUGCCAUCUGGUGGCGUUGAACUACCAGUCGGAGGGGAGAGUGCUCCAGCUGAACCGAGCCAAGUUCAACAGCAACGGCAACUGUGGUUACAUCCUAAAGCCGGCCUGCAUGUGUGAAGGUGUCUUUAACCCUAUGAUGGAGGACCCGUUGCCGGGGCAGAUGAAGAAACAACUGGUCCUGAAGAUCAUCAGCGGGCAACAGCUGCCCAAGCCCAAAGACUCCAUGCUGGGGGACAGAGGAGAGAUUAUCGACCCCUUUGUGGAGGUGGAGAUCAUUGGUCUGCCAGUGGACUGCUGUAAGGAACAAACCAGGGUGGUGGAUGACAAUGGCUUUAACCCCAUGUGGGAGGAGACACUGGUGUUCACGCUGCACAUGCCCGAGCUGGCGCUGGUCCGUUUCCUGGUGUGGGACCACGACCCAAUCGGCCAGGACUUCAUUGGCCAGCGCACCAUUGCCUUCAACAGCAUGAUACCAGGUUUUCGCCACGUGUAUUUGGAAGGUAUGGAGGAGGCUUCCAUCUUUGUUCAUGUGUCUGUACAUGACAUCACUGGUAAGGGCAAGGUGGCCAGCGGCAUAAAAGGGCUGUUUCACAGAAACCCAAAGCAGGCUUCUCUCGACAGCCAUGUUGCUGCACAGCUCAGCCGUAAGCACCCGUUCGGAGCCCACCUGCUGCGCCGCACGGCCAGCGAGCCCACUAAGGGCGAGCCCAAGGUCAAGAAGGGUUUCCCAGAGAUCGCCAUCGACACCAAAGACUACAGCUCGGAAGGGGCCAGCGAGGACCGGGAGUCAGAGGACAGGGAUCUCAGCGCCUCAUCCCAGCCCCCGCAGCUCCACCAGCGCAACGGAGACGCCACGGACGCAGCUGCUCCCGCCACGCCACUCCAAGGCACCAACGGGCACCACAGCACCAACGGGGCUUUCAACCCUGAUGAGGGCAAAGGUAAGGGCUCGCCUCGCUUCCUCCGAUACCCCAUGAGUGAGCCCCUCAAGCGGGUCAAUCGGCUGCGCUGUCACGACCCCCUGAAUGAGAAACCGGGAGUGUUUGCCCGCAUGGCCCUAAACAGCAGUGGCAGGAUGGGGGUGUCCUCCAACUGCAUCAACUGUGUAAUUAGCUCCAAAGAAAGCCCCGAGAUGGAGAGGAAGUUCAAGGAUGAGGAGAAAUGGGGAGAGAGGCCUGAGAAAGCCGCCUGUUGCCCCACUCUCUCCAGACAAGUUCAACCCGAGCCAAUGCCCAAACCACAGACCCUGGCCACAGCUCACCCUGAUGAGCCCCAAGCCCAGACCAAGCCCAAAGUUGAGGCACUGCCCCUACUUCAGCCCCAGGCUUUCUUCCGGCCUAUCCCCUUCCCCAGGUCCCGGGCCAAAGCCAGACAAACUCUGGGCACUCAACACACUGAGCCUCGUCCUGACCCCUCUGAGAGGAACGCCCGCUCCUGCAGCGUGCCCCGCAGGCGCUUCCUCACCCCUGCCCCCACCCCGGUGCCCAUGCUCACCCCUGACUGCCGGAACAGCCUGCGCUGGCAGUGCGUCCCGCCACCCAACUACGGCAGUGCUUGUGGUCCCACUAAGGCCCCUCGCGCUACCAUCACAAGCGCCGACUGCGACAGCUGGUCGAUCAGCGACCGUUGUUGCAGCAGCUGCGAGAGCCUGUGCAGCCUUGAGCUGGCCCCUAUGCUGCCCCCAAGAGAGGUCCUUGACAGCCGCAGGCGCGCCGUGGGCACCUUGCAGCGUGAGAUGAACCUCCUCUUCGCUCAGAAGAUGGACGAGCUGCGCAGUAAAUCGCCCAUGUUCUUCGCCGCCACAGCAAUAACCACCACCACUCCAUCCCCUGCUUCUAAUAGUGAAGCGGACAGUCCCGUCAACGGUAGGGGGGAGGAGAGUCCCGUCAAGGGAAGGGGGGUCAGCAAAAUACCCCCUGUCCUUCACAGGACCACCUCAGCCCCUGUCGUACCCGUCCCGGGGAAGAGACCGGACCCCAAAGACCUGACCCCCUCACAGUCCUGCAGAGACCCCCGGGUCGACAACGGCGCCUCGUCACCCAUGGAGCACGCUCCAAGCCGAACGGAAGCACUGUAUACUCCGACAGACCACACAAAGGACGAUGCCGAGCGCAAGACUGAGACAAGGGCAGAGUCUCCUGCUCUUCUCGCCGACCACUCUGUCUCCAGCCCUCAGAAAGUCCAGGUCCUGAGAACGAUGUUCGGCGGCAACCCGGCACGCACGCCCGUCAGAAGGACCAAAAGCGAGGGCUACGUGCGGUCGGCGGCUGGGGGGCAGCAGCAGGCAUCUGCCGUGCCGGAGGUGUGCACAGACGCCACCCUGAAUGACCGGCUGUGGAGCAAGCUGGAGCCUGAGCCGGGCAACCACCGAGACAGCGUGUCCUCGUCCUCCAGUAUCUCGUCCAACGACACCGUCAUUGAUCUGUCCCUGCCCAACCUGGCCAGGAAGAGCCUCACCUGCCUGAACAGCGGGCCCUCCCCAUCUGACAACACCUUCCAGGACCCACCCUCCUGGGUCACCAGGCCACGCUCGGCCAUCACCUCUUUUGACACGCUGCGGGUCAGCAAGAGCAAGUCCAACCCCAACCUCCGGCAGGGCCACCCGGGGGAGCCAGAGGACGAGCUGCAGCCCAGACCCCUCGGAGCCCCCAGGGAGCCUCCAGUGGACUCACCCAGUAGAAUUACCCAGAGGAGGCACACCUGGAGCCGCCUCUAUAUGGAAGGGCUGAAGCAGUCCUCCUCCCCAGCCAAGAAGCCCUCUGCUGCAGCUGCCAGCCCCCUGGAUACCGGAGCCUCUAUGUCCAAGAGCCUGGGGGACUUGACUUCGGAUGACAUCGCUUGCAAUUUUGACAGCAAGUACCGCAGCAUCAGCCGCAGCUUCAUCGUCAGGCCCUCCAGGAACGAUCCUCGACGAGGUCUCCAGAGGCCCCGGCCGCCAAGCGACCUGACAGAGCAGCUGAGGAGGCUGACGGAUGUGGAGCCCCUGACGGCACGUGACUUCGCCACCCAGGCACAGCAGGAGUCCCCGGAGGAGGCUCAGGAGGAACCCCCACUACGGAGAAUGUCCUCCCGGAGUCAGAGCAGGGUGCGCUACAUCGCCAACAGGGCCAAGGAGGCCCAGGAAAGGAAGAGGCUGCAAGGUCUCAACCAGCCCCACCUAGCUGCCGGCGCCAUUAGCAUUAGCAUUUUCGGAGGCGGUAGCCCUAUUGAAGAGCGGGGUAACCCGGAGGGGGCGUGCUGCGUAGCCCAGAGCCCCUGCACUAGCUUGGACCUGUUAAGCCAGCUCAGCCCCCCGGGGCCGCCCCCCAACAGACAGUCCCAGACACAGUCCCAGACCUCCCCGAACUCUGACAACAAUGAGGUCUUUUUCAUGCUCAAGCUCUGA